UGAUGCUCGAUUGCGCACUAUGGUUGCUGUGUCUCGUCGGCUCGUGUGCAUUGCUAAUUGCUACCCCAGCUUGUCUGUGAGGCGCUAGGUAGCCUCGGCUCUCAGAGGUGUGUCGCUUCGAUGGUGAGCUUACCUGCACUGACCUCACGUCGCACGAUCCAACGCCGUCUUGGGUCUGUCAUCUCCAACGCUUGAUACUAGUCCACUAUAUUUGCUUGUACCUAGACUGCCGUGUCGCGUCAGAGGGUGUGUUCUCGUGUUAUCCGUCCCAGCCGUUACGGCGUAGAACGAAAUCACAGCACGCGGCCAGCGCAACGCGCCAGCAUGUCAGAGCAAACAGAAGCCGAAGCCUUGAUUGCGCACCUCAAAUCUGUCCUCCUCCAGCUCAAUGCAAAUCCGUACCCAGAGGUCGCGUGCCCUCCAACAGUGCCAAAACGCGCAAGCGUCGCCCUGAUCUUGCGUGUCCAGCCAAACUACAAUCAUUGGCCAGCCUACUCAGACAAACCUCUACAUUCUGCGCAGCAACACCCACCAAGGCCCCGUCGAAGAUCUUCUGCCGCGUCAGGGUCUGGCCAGAAGCUCGGGUUUGACGACAUCCUGCACGCGUUCUUCGAGCAGGACUGGGUGAAGCAUGGCGACCCUGAAAUACUGUUCAUCAAGCGAGCGACGAGGAUAGGAGACAAGUGGAACGGUCACGUCGCUCUGCCUGGAGGGAAGCGGGAUCCCGAGGACGAUGACGACGCUGUCACAGCUAUGAGGGAAGCGUCUGAGGAAGUAGGCAUUGAUCUCGGCUACCACAGUGCGAUCGCGGUUGGCAACCUGCCCCAGCGGAUAGUUACCACAAGCUGGGGCAAGGUACCACUCAUGGUACUCUGCCCGUACAUCUACCUCCUCACCUCGCCCAACUACCCAACCCAACGCUUGCAGCCCACCGAAGUAGCUUCCUCGCACUGGGUCCCCAUUCGCGCGCUCCUGUCUCCCGUCCUCCGUACCCACGAGUACGCCGAUGUCUCCGCCCGCCUCGCAAAAUCUGAACUCGGCAUUAAGCGCUGGUUUCUCCAGGCCAUGCUCUCGAAGAUGAUGUUUGCAGCCAUCCGCCUCGUCCCUUCGAACUCCACACACUGCGCCACGAUACCUGACUUUGUGCCUGCUUUCAGCGCGCCACCAAAAGGCACAGCGACCAAGGUCAAAGACCUCGUCUUUGGCGAGGACCGCAGCGAUGGGAAACCGCCGCUGUUGCUCUGGGGGCUGACAUUGGGCGUUGUGAGCGACUUCCUGGAACAUAUCCCGCCGCACAAUGCGCUGGAGUUGUGGACAUAUCCGACAUUUACGAGCUGGGACGUCAGGUCCGUGAUGUGGGCUAUGUCGUAUAGAUUUCGCACGCAAAAAUCACUUGAGAUGUCGACGGCGACUACGCACUCGUCGACGGCAGCUGGUGAGCAGGACCUACCAGGAUUCGGGAGUGAGGCUGUAGGACCGCUCUUUGCUGAGACAGAGCAAGGCGGGGAGAAGCCCGGCGAGGUUGGGAUAGCUGGAUUGGGCGUGGGUAGGGGGUGGGGACAGACCGGGCGGGCAAAGAUGGUCGCGAGAGGUGCGGCCGUCAAUUCGAUGCUGGAGGGAUACUACCCUCUUGUGAGGCGAGCUGUGGCCACCGCUCUCGUAGGACGAAUAGGUGUCGUCGCACUGCUUGCAUUCGUGACUUGGAAGAAGAUCGAUUGGGAAAGGUUAGUCAAGCUAGUUGUAUAGGUCUUACCAGUCCUAUCCAUGAUUAUGUUUGGAUUCCACGACACCCCUGUCGGAGUCUUCUCAAAACUUUCUUAAAGACGUCCGAAGGCCCUCGGUCACACAACAUCCUGCCAAGCGUGAGGUUCACUGACUCCACACCUGAUCUCCACGUCUGAUGGCUGGCGAGAGUGCUCCGACGCUAGGUGCAGGCUCAGACAUGGGAAGGAUCCGUCAAGGGCCGUUGGGCGGGCGAUCGUGCACUCGCAAGCGUGGUGAUUUGACAUGUGAAAGUCUGGAGAAGGACCCACUUCGAGACGACGUCUGAUGGUGGUGGCGUUAAGUGAUGGUGAUUUCCGAAUGUCUACAAUCACCGUGCGAAGGAAAUCAAAUAAAUAACAUGCAUU